AGUCGCACGCUCCUCUGUAGAUUGAGACCACUAGAUCGUUCCGCCGAAUUAAUUCUAAUGAACAAUCAUUAUCUCUAGCAUGAGACUUUCGUAAGAGAAUAUACCUGAGCACCUUCUGGCGGGUAUGGAUACUGUUAAGGAACGGGUUUUUGCUUCGAGCAAGGAGAGACUCAAAAAUUUUGCUGGGAAAUCUCUUGGCCACCUGUACAGAGUCCUAGAGAAGCGGCAGCAGCCUGGAGAAAACAUCGAGCUGACGGAAGAUGGAAGGGUGCAGAACGUCCGGCCGAAUAAACCGCCGCUCUGCGACUGUACCUGCUUUGGGCUACCUCGCAGGUACAUCAUCGCCAUCAUGAGUGGCCUGGGCUUUUGUAUCUCCUUCGGGAUCAGGUGUAAUCUUGGCGUAGCCAUCGUGGACAUGGUCAACAAUAGCACCAUCCAUCACGGGAAUACAAUUAUUAAGAAGAAAGCGACGUUUGACUGGGAUCCCGAGACUGUGGGAAUGAUCCAUGGCUCUUUUUUCUGGGGAUAUAUCGUCACUCAGAUCCCUGGAGGGUACAUAGCGUCCAGAUUGGCAGCAAACAGAGUAUUUGGCGCUGCCAUCUUUCUCACCUCCACUCUCAAUAUGCUCAUCCCAUCUGCAGCUAAAGUGCACUAUGGUUUCGUGAUAUUCGUCAGGAUCCUGCAGGGACUGGUAGAGGGAGUCACGUAUCCAGCCUGCCAUGGCAUUUGGAGUAAAUGGGCUCCACCAUUAGAGAGAAGCAGGCUGGCAACCACCUCAUUUUGUGGUUCAUAUGCUGGAGCUGUUGUUGCUAUGCCUUUAGCUGGGAUUCUAGUGCAAUACACGGGAUGGCCUUCUGUGUUUUAUGUGUAUGGAUCUCUUGGAAUGGUAUGGUAUAUAUUCUGGAUUCUGGUAUCCUAUGAAAGUCCUGCAGCACAUCCAACUAUCACAGAUGAGGAGCGCACCUACAUUGAAGAAAGCAUUGGUGAAAGUGCCAAACUUAUUGGAGGAAUAGAUAAAUACAAGACACCAUGGAGAAAGUUCUUUACCUCUAUGCCAGUCUAUGCAAUAAUCGUGGCAAACUUCUGUAGAAGCUGGACUUUCUACUUGCUGCUGAUUAGCCAACCUGCCUAUUUUGAAGAAGUGUUUGGUUUUGAGAUCAGCAAGGUGGGGAUUCUAUCAGCUUUGCCCCACCUUGUCAUGACGAUUGUGGUACCCAUUGGUGGGCAGAUUGCGGACUACCUCAGGAGUAAGAGGAUACUUUCAACAACAAAUGUCAGAAAGAUAAUGAACUGUGGAGGCUUUGGUAUGGAAGCGACAUUUCUUCUUGUAGUAGGCUACUCACACACCAAAGGGGUUGCAAUUUCAUUCCUUGUCAUGGCUGUUGGUUUCAGUGGUUUUGCUAUAUCAGGUUUCAAUGUUAACCAUCUGGAUAUAGCACCAAGAUAUGCCAGUAUUCUCAUGGGAAUUUCUAAUGGUGUGGGAACACUGUCUGGAAUGGUGUGUCCACUGAUCGUAGGAGCAAUGACAAAAAACAAGAGUCAGAACGAGUGGCAGUAUGUCUUUCUGAUUGCAGCCCUGGUGCACUACGCAGGAGUCAUAUUUUAUGGAUUAUUUGCAUCUGGUGAAAAACAGCCUUGGGCAGACCCUGAACAAACAAGUGACGAAAAAUGUGGUUUUAUACAUGAAGAUGAACUGGCAGAAGAAACUGGGGACAUUACUCAGAAUUAUGGCACAACAAAGUCCUAUGGGGCCACCACCUAUAGCAAUGGCAGCUGGCCAAAUGGGUGGGAGAAAAAGGAAGAGUUUGUACAAGAGGAAGUUAAAGAUUCUUACUACUCUAAAGAACAUGAAGAAGGAGACUAUUCAUAACAGGGAGAAGAUUAAAAAAAAAGUCUAUUCAAUAUUUUGUAGUGUUUGUGUCCAAGAUUCAUUGUGAUUGUUUGCACAGAAAUCUGUGGUGUGAAUGUCCACACAUAAGAAUGACAAUUGUUAACAGUGUACAAAUUAACAAAGCAGCAUUUGAGUGCAAUCUGUACAAAAUGGUGGUGUGCAUCAUCUCAAUCCAGGCUUUACCAUUUUAGAAUGAUUAAUUGGGCUUUUUUGGGAGGUUUGCUGGUUGACCAGUAAACUGCCAGGAUGCUUAUCAGGAAGCAAACUGUUCAAAUGGUUAAUCUUUCGGGAGAAGAAGCU